AAACCCGACUCCAUACGCUCUACCAUGUACUGUUACAUUUUUACAUUAUUUCCGGUAGAUUACGCUAUCAUUCCGUAACGAAUAACGAGUGUGAUCAAUUUUGUGAGAACCUGUACUCUCCUAAAAUGAGUGUUUGGGGAUUUAUGGACUGAAACGAGGGAAGUUGCUGGCAUUAGAACUGUUCCUGUGUUGAGAAACAACAGAAAAUACAUCUCAACACCCAUCAUCAGCCGUAAUUUCUCAUUCAUUAACACUUAAAUGAGUGCCGACGUUAUCAAACUGACGCGGAGUCGUGGGAAUGGCGAGGAAAAAUAACGCGGCCACUUAUGGAUUGGUUUCCAACGAAAGGAUUUUAUGUUUGCUUGAUGUCUGGAUUCUUUAAAGCAGGUGUUUAGGGGUCCGUGUAACCACGAAGGAAGCGUCAGCUGUAGUUGAUCCUCAGACAAGAAGCCUCAUUCUCGACAGGAAAAAGUGAUCAACGAAGACUGAGGUGUUACCUCUCCAAGGGCCCAUGGAUCUCCCUGUGGUGUUGUUUCUGCUGUGGGGACUGUUACUGGACUUGCUGAGUGGUGCGGUGGGUAGCAUUCUAUACCGUGUGCAUGAGGAACAACCUCCGAGCACACUGAUUGGCAGUCUGGCGGCUGACCAGGGCCUACCAGACACUGGACACCUGUACAAACUGGAGGUGGGCACUCCCUAUCUGCGGGUGGAUGGCAAAACUGGAGAUAUCUUUACCACUGAGAUCCCCAUAGACAGAGAGACAUUGAAGGAUUGUCGUAAUAAAGGCAAGCCCUGCUUUCUGGAGUUUGAGGUGUCCGUCACAGACCUCAUUCAGAAUCAGAGUCCACGGCUGAUAGAGGGAAGGAUCGAAGUGCAGGAUAUCAAUGAUAACACACCACAGUUUCCCUCACCUGUCCUUACCCUCUCAGUUCCAGAGAACACCCACGUGGGGGCGCUCUUCUCAAUUCCACUGGCCACUGACAAAGAUACGGAGAGAAAUGGAGUAGCUGACUACACCCUAACAGCAGGACCAGAGGCUGUAGCACUCUUUGGUCUGCAAGUUGCAGAGGACCGAGGUGAAAAAUUACCUCAACUCAUUGUAUUGGGAAGCCUUGAUCGAGAACGGAAAGACUCCUACGAUCUCACCAUCAAAGCUGUGGAUGGAGGCAAUCCACCUCGCUAUAGCAGUGCCUUGCUGAGGGUCGUCAUUGCUGAUGCCAACGACAAUGCACCCCAAUUUGAAAAAUCCUCCUACGAAGCAGAGGUCGCAGAGAACAGCCCAAUUGGACACUCUGUGUUACAGGUGAAGGCUAAUGAUUCAGACUUGGGUCCUAACGGUGAGAUUGAAUACAUGUUGCAUCAGGCCAUUGAUCCUGUGCCAAAACUUCUCCGGAUAGACCGCUCAUCAGGCAUCAUAUAUGUCAAAGGCCCAUUGGAUCGUGAGGAGAUCAACAAUUUGAAGUUUUACGUCGUUGCCCGAGACAAAGGCCCCUCACCCAAAAGUUCUAAAACAUAUGUUUCUAUUGAUGUAACCGACCAGAAUGACAAUGCACCAGCAGUGGAGAUUCGAGGCAUUGGUCUUGUGACCCAUAGUGAUGGAGUAGCAAACAUUUCAGAGGAUAUGCCUGUAGGCACUGCAGUGGCAUUGGUACAGGUUUCAGACAAGGAUGAGGGAGAGAAUGCCGUGGUGACAUGUGUGGUUGCUGGUGAUGUUCCUUUCCAGCUUCGGCCAGCCAGUGAUUCAUCAGUUGACAACAAGAGGAAGUAUUUUCUGCAGACCACAACACCUCUGGACUAUGAAAGGGUUAGGGACUACCGGGGGGAGAUAGUGGCAGUGGAUUCAGGCAAUCCGGCUCUGUCCAGCACUAACUCGCUAAAAGUCCAAGUGACUGACACAAAUGACAAUUCCCCCAUUUUCUCAUCGACUCUGUUUGAAGUAGAGUUUGCUGAGGAGAACCAGCCAGGAGAAAAGGUGGUAGAUGUAGUCGCCUCAGAUGCAGACAGUGGCACUAAUGCAGAGCUGGUCUACAGCAUUAUUGCGGACUCUUCAACAAGGGGACUUUUUGAGAUUGACCCUAACUCAGGUGAAGUACGUGCUCGGAGCCCUCUUGAUCGUGAGCACAAGGAGCGCUACGAGUUCCGUGUUACUGCAGCAGAUAAAGGGGUUCCCAGUCACAGGGGUACUGCCACAGUUGUAAUCAAGGUACUUGAUCGGAAUGACAACGAUCCCAAGUUCAUGCUGAGUGGAUACAGCUUCUCAGUCUUGGAGAACAUGCCACCCCUUAGCCCUGUUGGCAUGGUAACAGUACAGGACAUGGACGAGGGGGAGAAUGCUCAAGUGCAACUUUCUGUGGAACCUGAUGUAGGCAAAUUUGUGAUCCAGAAUGGUACUGGCACUAUUCUGUCCAGUAUCUCAUUUGACAGAGAGAAGGAGAGCAGUUACACAUUCCGCUUGAAAGCUGUAGAUGGAGGGGAUCCACCAAGAUCAUCCUAUGUUGGCGUGACCAUCAAUGUCCUCGAUGAGAAUGAUAAUGCACCUGUUGUCACCAAACCAUCAAACUCAUCCUUCAUACGUCUAUCUCCCAUGGCUGCUCCAGACAGUGUUGUGGAAGUGGUCGAAGCGGAGGACAUUGAUUCCGGUUCCAAUGCUGAGCUAGUAUACAGCAUUGCUGGGGGAAAUCCACAUGACCUUUUUUACAUCUCUCCAUCUAAUGGCGAGAUCACAUUAACCAAGGAACUAACUCGGAAACACAGUGGUCUGCAUCGACUGGUGAUAAAAGUGAGCGAUAGGGGCAAACCUUCCCGUCACACCAUUGCCUUGGUACACAUUUACGUAAAUGAAACCAUUACCAACGUAAGUUACGUGGAGGCACUUGUGGGGCAUAGCUUGUACACCCCACUGGACAUGGACAUUGCAGGAGACCCAGAUUAUGGUUUGGCUGCCCAAAAAAGCAACAUUGUCUAUGGCAGUUUAGCUGGAGUGGCGGGAGUGGUCACUGUGAUUGUUGUAGUGGUCUUCAUCAGGCAUCGCCUUCAAAGAGAAGCUAAGAGUGGUUAUCAGGCUGGCAAGAAGGAGACCAAAGAUUUGUAUGCCCCCAAGCAAGGGCCAAAAAGUGGCAAGGGGAGAAAGGGUAAAAAAGGUAAACCACCAAAGUCACCUAAACCUCUUGGAGAGGAUGAAGAAGUCAGCCUUCAAAAGAGUCUGAAAUUUAACCUUGAUGGGGUCAACGACAGCCCCAGGAUCCAUUUGCCUCUGACAUAUCCGCCUGGAAGCCCUGACCUAGGCAGGCACUACCGUUCCAAUUCCCCAUUGCCCUCCAUCCAGCUCCAGGCCCAGUCCCCAUCUGCCUCCCAAAAGCAUCAGGCUGUCCAGGAGCUCCCAGCUGCCAACACCUUUGUGGGAACAGGCGGUGAUGACAACUCCACCGGCUCAGACCAGUACUCGGAUUACAGCUACAAGACCAAUCAACCAAAAUACAGCACAAAAACGCUCCCGCAUCGCAGAGUGACGUUCUCAACAGCCAAUCCCAUGCAAGAUCAGCAGGACUCCUCUCAGCAGAGUUACUACGACAGUGGUCUGGAGGAAUCUGAGACCCCCAGCAGCAAGAGCUCUUCAGGACCACGUAUCGGCCCCCUCGCCCUGCCCGAGGACCACUACGAACGGACCACCCCUGAUGGCAGCAUCGGAGAGAUGGAACACCCAGAAACCGAUAUUCGCUCACUGCCUGAUGUUGCCAUGACGGGAAACUGCAGUCAGGAGUGCAGCGAGCUGGGUCACUCAGAUUCCUGUUGGAUGCCCGGUCAGCCUUCGCCCGUCCGCAAGACCCACAACCCCCCUAAACUGUCCACGUUUGUGCCUUAUCAAGAGAGGGGGAGCCUGGGACGCCUGGCCAACGGGAGUGUGAGGCUGGGAGGAGAGGAGAACAGGCCACGCUUCCCACCUUCCCAUAGUGCCUACUCCAGCAGUGACCACACCCCCAGUGACCACGCCCCACUGGAGGAGGUGCCUCUGAGCGUGACAUCAGAGUUCCCGCCUACCAGCCCCCCCUCCAAUCACGCCUCGAAAAGAGAGAUAUACCUAUUCAGAGAAUCUCUGGGGGACCAUUUUGACAAUGACUAUCUAGUGUGCUCAAGGACCAUAUAUCUGAUGGACAUUAUCAUUACUAUUGCAUCGCCUCAAUAUCUCUACUUUUUCCGCACCUACUGCAGCACAGUACCUGCCCAGAUCCCGGCGCUUGGGCGAGCGUGCUUUGUCUGCAGGGGGUUGACGAUGGGCAUUUCCUUAAUUAGGGUGAGUAAUGAGUGUGGUGCAGUUGGCAUAUGCGAACACUCCAGCCCCCAAAGGAAGCACAGAUCACAGAAAAAGAUCCCGGUCCAAACGCUUCAAUUGUUUAGCGAGUCGCAUUUUUCACUGCACUUACCUCAUCGCGACUGCCUUCAGCACCUCUCGCCGAAUAAUUAAGGCUGAAACGUAUGGAAAUUACUGGACGUAGCCAUGAUUAAAUAAGGCGAAUGAUUAUCCCGCCCUAAGGAAAGAAAGCACAUUAUGCUGUUUUCAAAGCCAUUUAGUGACUCUGAUAGGGAAAAAAAAAAUCCAGCGAGAGUCAUGAUCCAGCGUAAUUAGCCCAGCUCGCUUUUCCUCCUUCGUGCUGCAGCCGCGCUCUUCCCAGGCGAACAUGUGAGAUCGCUGACCUGGACUUAACACGGCUAAAAGAUAGAGAUGACCACAAAACUCUACCACCACUUAAAGGCUUUCAUCUAUUCAAACUCUGAGUGAAGCAGGUUCUGACCUUCCUCCACUCUGAUGCCGGCCUGAGUCAGAUAGUCUGAAUUGCAGGUUUUGACUCCUCUGGCUUCAUCUCGGCUGUUUUAUUCCUAGUAAUUCUAAGGCUAGACUCCUAGAGUCCUUCGGAUGCCGGAGGAUGGAUGGAGGAGUGUACACUUCUCGUGGUUGUUUUUUAAACUGGUGUUUAGAUGUGUGCUCUUUCACUGUUAGAUGUCUGGAUGUGAUGAGACGACCGUAACGAACGAGGGAGUCUUUUCUUCGUCCUUAGAGCGAGACUUUUCUUCAUAGACUAACGAAAACUGGUGUUUGUGGUAAACAUCUCUUAAAAAGUGUGCUGUACAUAGCUCUCCACAUUCCCCGUGUGUGGUGUCAAACAGGCGACGAGUUGAGCAUGAAUUCCAAAGAUAAUUGGUAGAAACCGUUUACUGUUCUUGCUGAAAUGUUAGUGCCGGUUCAGAAACCUUUUCUUGAGAACUAAAGCGACGUUCACUGCACAAAACUCAUCUUCACCGUUCACCCCAAACUGAAGACAGCUGCCUUGAAAGUAUGUCUUUUGCAGGAGAGUUCAAAACUUGUUAUCCUUAAUUGUUGGUUAUAUUUAUAUAGGACUAAAAAUGCUUGUGAUGAUCUGUUUUUGUACAGUUUUAUGUACAUGCAAGUGAAGCUUUUUAAAUCUUACAACAAAAGCCGAUGGCAUAUAAAAAUCGUAAAGUGUUUAUUGAGAUGUGCACAUCUUGCCUUGGAUGGAUUGAUCUUUUUUGCCGAGUCAGUGUGAAUGUGGCUGUCGUAUGCCUGCACCGUAGUCAUUCACUGGCUCCUGUCACCGAGGGCUUUAUCAGAUUUUAUGUUUAUUGUGAACAGUGGAUUGUCCGAGCCGACUUGUUUGUUUGAUUCCCAUGUGUUUUGUUUUGUUCCGUUUCCGCAUGUUGAAAACAAACCCCUUGUAAUAAGUCCUUGCAAAGUUUGUAAUAAAAUGAGUGAAGGAAAAAAAAAAAAAAGAAAUACAUUUGCUUGGUGAGUCAUUGUUUAAGAAUGAAUCUAGGGACUGUGAUCUCUCCAUAAAGCUUUUUCAUUAAUAAAGCAAAUUGAUCUG